AUGGCAAAAUUAUCAAAAUUAUCUUUAAUCCUUCUCAUCGGUUUUGCUCUUAAUGCCGUCACCUCUACUUACGCCAUGCCUAUGCCUGGUAAGGGUAAUGACGCCCCAUCAACUAGUAAGAAUGCAAAGAAUGGAAAUAAUAAAGAGAGCUUCCCAUCAACAACUAGUAAGAAUGCAAAGAAUGGAAAUAAUAAAGAGAAUUUCCCAUCAACAACUAGUAAGAAUACAGAGAAUGGAAAACAUCAAGUGAACGCUCCAUCAACUAAUAAGAAUGCAGAGAAUGGAAAACAUCAAGUGAACGCCCCAUCAACUAAUAAGAAUGCAGAGAAUGGAAAACAUCAA